AAGUUUGACAGUUGAAGUAAAAAGCUUGGCAGCACUGGCAGCACAGAUGUAUUUGAAUAUUUUUAUUUUGUUUUUAAAAUAAAUAAAGUUUUGCGUCAAAUUCUUUACAAAUUGUUUGCCAAGAUUUGCAUAAUUAACCAAUAAUUAAAAUAAACGAAAAUGGUUUUUAAAUGCCAAGAAGAUAGCUUUCUCAAAGAGUUCGACACAACGGUACUUUCUUGUGAAAAAGCUACUUUGGAUUUGCCAUUGAGUAAUGAUGCAAAUGUCAAGCGUCUAGAAGGUUACAAUGUAGUCUGUGAAGACACUAUACUUUUCCCCGAAGGCGGUGGACAACCAUGUGAUUACGGCACAAUCAAUGGUCAACCUGUUCGAAAUGUUGUGCGCAAAGGUAGCGAGGCUAUACAUUUUGUUGAAAUGAAAAAUCCAUUUGAGGAGGGCACUGCAGUAACACAAAUCGUAGAUUGGAAUCGUCGUUUAGAUCAUAUGCAGCAGCAUUCUGGACAACACUUAAUCACCGCCUUAUUUGAAAGUGAAUUUAAAUAUGACACAACAUCUUGGUGGCUGGGCAGCGAUACAUCAUAUAUAGAAUUAUCAACCAGACAUUUAGUAAGUCAAGAAUCAUUGGAUAUAAUUGAACGCAAAGCAAAUGAAUUAAUACGUGAAGGUCGAAAUGUAACUGUCUUAUUAGUUGAUCCUGACGAUCCUGUCAAAUUUACAGAUACUCGUGCACCACGUGGUUUACCCAGGAACCAUGUUGGACUAGCACGUUUAGUGCGUAUUGAAGGUGUCGAGAGUAAUAUGUGUUGUGGAACGCAUGUAACAAAUCUUUCACAAUUGCAAGGUGUUAAAUUACUUUAUGCGGAAACAGUUAAAGGAUUGGUCUAUGUACAUUUUGCAGUUGGAGAGCGUGUAAUGCGUAAAUUGGGAGAAUGUGUACGACGUGAGCGACAAAUGAAUUUAGCACUAAAAGGUGGACCAGCUCAACAUUUAGAUUUGGUAGAGAAACUGCAAAAAAACAUUCAAUCUACAACAAAAUCUUUACAAAAAAUACUUAAAGAUUUAGCUAUAUCAGAAGCUGAAAAACUGGAAACAUUAAAGCCGCGUCCACAAUUUUACUGUUUACAUCGUAGAGAUGGUAUUGAACCAGAUUUUAUUAAUACAUUUUUAAACAACGCACCCAAAGAUAUUUUCUAUUUUCUUAUUGUAUCUGAAAAUGUGCCAUGUGGCGGUAAAGGUCAUAUGGUAUUACGAGGUGAUCCUGCUGUUAUACAAAAGUUUGGCGCAAUGUUUUUAAGUAUACUUGAAGGAAAAGGAUAUGGCAAACAUAAUCAUUUUCAGGGAAAAGUAAAUGUUAGUAAAGUUCCUGAAUGUGUAGCUUUACUGGAGGAACACUUCAAUUCUAUAAAAUCUAUUGCUGAAGCUUCAUAAUAUUUUUAAAUUACAUUUAUUAAACAAUAAAAUGUUUAUAAUAAAUUGUUAU